AUGAUAAAGUUUGUGACGGAGAAAAUUUUGAAGAUAAGACAGCCGCAAGCGAUAUUUUUGAUAUGGGAAGAGUACGCGAAGACGGCGAAGACCGGCCGCGAUCCGUUGGAAUUCUGCAAGCGGUUGGUCCCAGUUGCUCAGUUUCCUUACUUGCAUGGAUUUUCCUGCAGAUUCCGUUAUAAUUUGGCGCCGAAACUGUACAAAAUGAACAAAACAGAGGAUCGCAACGCGGAGACCAAAGUGCUCACUCUGUUUGGUUUGAGAAUUCCGCUCCGCAGUUCUUUUCUGGAAAAGUUGCGAUCGGACGGGUCGGAGGUGAAGGUGGACAAGUUCGGAAGGAUCGAAUUGUACAGGGAUCACAAGAACGGCGGUCUCGAGUUGAUUUCGCGAAACGAAGAGAUGCUGGAGAAGAUUAGAGUGCUCAUGACUUUAUAA